AUAAAUCAUGAAGUUCUUAAUAUAUAUUUUACAGAUUGAUUUUGAAGAGGUGGGUGAUAGUGGCAGCAAAAGCACUGAAACAGUGGUUUUGCAAAAGCAUCAUUCUGUUCCUUUCUAACCUUUUUCCAGUGCAGGAAUAUUUUUAUAAAACUUUUCCUAUGUGAUUUUCUGUGCAGUUCCUUUAAAUCUCUCAGGAGCUACCAACCUCAGUCUCAGAGAUGGUAAUUUUCUUUUUGGCAGUUCCUAGUUAUAUCUUCAUACAACAGCUGAUAAGAGCCUUUUUUUUUUCUUUCUUUUUUUUCCCCACUUCAGCUUGUUCUUUGUGAUUAAAGGGAGCUUGCAGUAUGCUUCUCAAGUUUCGAGAGAGGGUGUAGAAAAAAUUGCUCCUGAUGUUCUCUAAUAGAUUUGAAAAAAGUGGAAAUGAAAGAAAAAAAAUUUCUUGACACCCACCCUGUCUGGCCUCUUGGAAAAAUAACAGUAUGUGGGAUUUUGGGAUUUUUCCAUUAUGUGUUCUUGUCAGCUGUUCAGCCCUUAAAAUGAAAGCAUAAUAAAAAUAAGAAUUUGGUUGGGAGGAGAAAUUAAGGUUUUUGUUAUUUCUUGGCAUUGUAAAAAGAACAAGUGUUCAAACAGUCUGGAAUGCUGCCUGAGUGGAUGCAAUUGCAAAGGAAGGGAAAAGCCUUUUUUCAUGAAUGGCAGUGCUUUCUGUCUCGUGUCGGAGUACACAUCUUGUCCAAACCCAUGCUCUGAGGCAGGGGCGUACUAGGAGCUUAUUCCCUGUUAAAUCAUUCCAUGAGUGAAACUUGGCUCUGCUUUCAUGUUUGUCCAAUAGAGAUCUGUCCUUUACCUCUGAAUGCUUUGGAUGACUGUGACUCAGCAGAAUUACUGUGCAUGAGUGAAAUGUGAAAAGUUCUAUGGCAUUACUUAAUUGAUUAAAAAAAAAAAUCAACACAGCAAACCUUUGGGAAUAGAGCACAAGAGGCCUGUGAGGCAGCAUGAGCAAUCUGACAACUAAUUUAGCAUCAAAACUAUUACUUUAGGUACGAAAGUAAAUUACAUAUUUAGAUUUAAUCUAAGCAAGAGACAGAUGAUUCUUCUUCGUAACCACAAACAUGUGGGUGCUGUGGUGUGGUGAAGUGAGACAGUGUGGGAAGCUAUUGACAGGAUUUCAUCCUGACUCAGCUAAAGAAGUUGCCCACAGAAAGCUGCUCCAAGUUUCACUGCUGGUACAAAAAUCUGUUCUGAUGUGAUGAUACAUUUAAUAUUUUUGCACUGCCAACAUAUCAAGCUGCAUGGUUCUUCAAGUCCUCAUGAGGUACUCUAUUUUGAUUGAGUGAUGAGUCUAAUUUUACUCAAGGUCAGCCAAUGAAAUGUCUUAUAUUUAGACUGUGGUUUUUAUUUCUGAGAGCUAUGUCUAAGAUUUAACUUAGAGUAAAUGAAGAGACAGGUUAGGUUAUAUAUCCCAUAUCUAUAUCCCAAGUGCAUAUUAAUAACGGUAUAUUAAAAACUUCAGAAAAAAAAAAAAGGUGUACAUAAAUGCAUGUUACAGACACGAAUCUGUUGUGAAGAUAUUUUUUGCCUGUGAUGAGACUACGUUUGAGUAUGCUUGUAAUUACAAGGGUAAGUUCCAAAGCAAAACCAAAUACGUAGUUGCUUUUCUCACUGAUGAGUGUCUGGCUACAUUUCCUUCAGUAAAGAAAAGAAACUAAUUACUAGUUCAAAUUUCACUACUAUCCUAGGUUUCUUGAGCAGGUUUUUUGACAAGUCAGUGGAGGAUAAAACUAUAAUUAAACAUUGCCAAAAGGUUACACUUGUUGGACUGCAGGUGCACUACAAGUUCUGGUAAGGAUGUUGGGUUAUUUAUUUCAACUGAUAAAUUUUAAUGUGUCAAUUGUCUUUUAAGUUUCUCUUCAAGCAGGUUAUUUUUGAGGGCUAUGUAUUACAUUUAGCAGUCAAAGAAAUUGAAGAAACAGCAUGAGAGCAUGUCCAUUCUUCAGUUCUAGUUCAAGAGCUGACUUUACUUAAAUGCUGAUCAGCUAACCCAGAAUAACAGUGAUAGACUACUUUUUAUGUUUGGUGACAAGAAUUUUUUAUGUUACCUGUUCGUUACAAUGUUUAGUAUCUGGAAACUGCUCAAGUGUAUUACUUUGUGCCUAAAUGUGUGAAAAGAAUGAAUUAGGAAACUAGAUGAUAUAGUCUUGUAGCAUGAAAAGGAAUAGUCUGAAUAAACAUAGAGGUGAUUAUGAAAGAAGAUGCUGAAUUCUUGCUUGCCCUACAAACACUGAUGUAAUUUUGUCUGUUUUUAAAUACUCUGUAUCCAAAGAUCUGAGAAUACUUUCUAAUAAUAAUAAUAAUAAUCAGAUCUUGCAGUAUCCUUCCCUGAGAAGUGAUAUAUUAGCACGGCCACAAACAGUAGGUUUCAUAGACAGAGGUUAAUUGCCCAGUAUCACAGAACAGCUGGUGUCAACACCAAAAAUAAAAGCAGCCCUGCUGCUCAGUUUAAAACAUAAGGAGAAGCAGCAAGGAACAAGAUAUGUCUAUGACUGAAGGAAGUUUUAUAUAGAUAUAACUGUACCAGCACACAUCAGACAGCUCAGCAUGGACCAUGUGAGUUAUAACAUAGUAGACAAAUCUGUUGUUUUGUAAUUUUUCUGCAGAUACAGUGGCAUAGCAGCAUCUACUGCUCUGCCUCCUGGUACAUGAGGAUGGGCAAGCCCACAAAGCUGUCGUCUCACACAGACACGUCCACUGACAGAUGUUGGAUAAAAAGGAUUUAGCCAUUUGGGCAGCAUCCUUCAAAGGAAAGGAAGCAUUAAACCUACUUUAGAUCACACUGGCUUGUUUUUUUCCAGAUUUGUCUUUACGAGCUAAUAAUGCUGCAUGAUGAAAGUAGCUUUGUUGUAUGCUGUAAUGUUUAUGUAACAAAUGAAAGCUGGAAGAUGAAGGGAGAAAAGAAACCUUAAUUGUUAACUGGCUGGAUAAACUGAGCUGGUGUUGAAAAGAUUAAACCCAAAUUUGCACCAUAUUAUGCUAGUAAUUUGUUUAAUAUCUUCUUAGUGAGCAAAAAGAUGCAGUCAGUCGUCCGACUGAGAGCUGAAAGAUGCACCUGCUUCUCACAGGUGUAAGUGUAAAUGCAAACAUACUACCUCAGCAAAUCCCUGGAGGACUAGUUUUGCAUUUCUUUUUAGUAAAGGCUUCACAGCUAACACAUCCAUCUGUCCAUUAAAAAUAUUGCCAUUAAUGCUGGGGCAAUAACAAAGAAGCAGAAGUUGGGAUAUUUCAUACACUCUAAAGAUGGACACAUGAAACAUAGAUUAAGUAAUCUGCUUGUCCAUGAACAAAGGUCUGGAACCUGAAAGGUAAGUCUGUGGAAGAGCAUAUAAAACAAUCACCAGAAUUUUUAUUCUUUGCUUGCUUUUGUGUUUCCCUUUAUCGUCAGCAUGGCUCUAGAGAGAAGGCAGUGAACUGGUACAAAAGAGCCAACUGUGCAACACAUACCCUUUUUAUCAGGUCAACAGAUGUUGCUUGUCUAAAGGUGAAAGAGGGGUGAUGUCAGCCAAAAGACAUAGAGAAGCCAGUUGGACUUCACAUCAUGUAGCCUUUCCCUGAUGUAACACUUUCAGUACAGUACAGCUUUAAAUAUUUUGAUUGCUGGGAAAGUGUCACAAAAACAACCCCUGGCAGGGGAUCUGCCUUCUAUGUGUGUGUAGCACAAGCUGGGGAUAUGUGUUACCAGUGUCAUCACAGUCUGUUCUGUGGCAGAGAAUAGAAGGAGGUUCCAAUAGUUGAGCUGUAAACCUAAGGAAUGUGAUACAGGAAUCAUAGUGAUAGCAAGUGUGUGUAUCUGUCUUUCAAAUGGACUAUUAAAAGUGACCUUGAAAAUUAUUUAGAACACCCCAUAUGAUACUUUUUAGAUAUCUGUAUGGAAAAGGGGUGACACUGUUUCCUACACUUCUAAAAUUUUUUUUUCAAAUUCAUUCUAAUUUGUAAAGUAACUGUUCACAUACAAAAGUUCCAUAUAACUAAAACAUAGAGGUCCAAUAAAAAACAUACCUCUAGAAACUUCGCAUUAAAAUUUUCUCCUGAUUCUACAAAUAGCGGUGUAAUAUUCAAAAGGAUCUGGCUCCACAAGAAGUCAUACUUUAAAUGUGGGGAACUUAAAAUAUUUUAGGACUAGGCUUCUGCGAAAAAUUAAAAUAUACCAUGUCUAACUCCAUUGUUCCCCUAUACUGCAUAGCAUUUAGGAACUGAUUUAAAGUUUUCACUGCAUUUGAACUGUAUAAUAAAGAAAUCCAACAUGGAAAUACCUAUGUUGAAGCUAUGUCUGCUGGAAACAUUCUUGCUUUAACUUACUUUCCUUCCCACAGUGGUCUCUAAAUGCCAUAGGGCUUUGUGAGUAGCAAUCACUGCAAGCAAUGAGUGCCAGGUGACCCCAGUACCCCCAGUAUCCCGGCAAAGUGCUAGACCAGGAGUUCAGCAUAACAGUGGUACUGACUUCAGACCCAGGAGCUCUGAAGUUAUGUAAGUUAUGGUGUUAAACCAGCUGGUUUUGCUCGUACAUGAGAAUCUCUAGACAAAUGCCACCUCAAAAGAAUCAAAAAAGAAGUCAAGUGCUGUUAAACCCACUCAGCUUGUUAUAAAAAACCAACAAGUGUAUGUGUAAUAAGGACCAUAUUUUGUCCCAUAAAAUGUUAUUUUUGUUACCUCCUGGAAUAUAACAGUAGCUAUAUUGCACAGAUCCUAUCUUUCUAGGGAAAUACUCAUGCCAUAUGCUGGAAAGUUACGGAAUUUUGUAAGUAAUUUUUUCAGUAGCAUUUUAUUUAGCUGGUUUUUAUAUGUUAAAUUCUUGCACUUGUUCUUUUGCAGAGAUCUGUAGGUAAAUGUAAUAUGGUUCGAAGGCACUUGAAGUGUACAUGAUACCAGGAGAUCUGGCAACUGAUGGCAUCUUUUUGUACACUAAGAAGAUAUUAAACAAAUUACCAGCAUACUUUGGUGUAGAUUGUGGGUUUAAUCCUUGCAAGUGAAACACCAACUGAGUUUAUCCAGUCAGUUAACACUUAAGAUUUCUUUUCUCCCUUCAACUGACUGCUUAAUCAUGCUAAUCUUAUGAUAUGGGUGACUGUGACAAGAAAUAAAUUAAAAUCAGAUCAGUUCAAGUAGAUGGUUUAACAUCAAACAGAUGGUUUAAGAUUUCUGGAUUGAAAAUAAUGAAAUAAUUCCACAUUUUCAGUUCCAUGGACAAAUCUCUAGUUUGCACCACCUUAGAUCAGCUUAUAAAUGCCUCUUCAGCCACCCUGUAAUUACAGGUGACCAACAUUCCUGCAAGGGAUAACGUAGGCUUACUAUCUAAUAUUAAACCAAAAAUCAUUAUGGAAUUAUCUAAUAACCACAAAAACCUUCUGCAUCCUCCAGUGUUAUGCAGACAGCAGGACUGUCCUCUAGAUUUUACUCAUAAAAAAUCUCUAUGUUCAUAUCAAUAUGAUGUAGGGAAAAAAAUACAGUAUUUAAGCAUAAAAGUUCUCAGCUAUACAUAGCUAAUACUUGCUCUGGUACUACUCCAUGGCUAAGACCCGCUCUAAACAAACAGAUCUCAUCUUGCAUAGGAAAUAAACUAUCUUUCUCUUCCCUUCAGGGGAAGAUAAUCAGGCUAGAAAAGUCCUCUUGCUCUUCUGUGGAGGGUUGUGUGUGGGAAGGCAGAGGGGAUGCCUUGUCAGUGCCCUUACAGGGCUCUGUGCCAAGGGGAGUGGAACAUUUCGGCCCAGAUCCUCCCCAGGGAUAGCCUUGAACCUAAAUGUGAGCAAGGACUUUAAUCUGCACAACUUAGUGAGACAAGGCAAGAUUUUUUUAUUCCAAUGAUGGCUCAGGCAUAACUUAUGCACUUGGAAAUUAAAUGUUUUUCAUGUAUUGGUUGCCCAAAAUGAGAGCAUGCCAGGGCUGCGGAAAUGCUGAAGUUCAUGAGUACAUUUGUGUGCCAAGUACAAAGUUUCCUGGUGCUGGAGGAGCAGGGAAAUACCUUAAGUUUCUUCACUCGGAUGUGCAAAAUUAGUGACUGUUUUCAGAACAUGGCAAUGUUACUGUACUUGGACUCCUGUUCUCUGAUCUGUGGCAUGAGGACAACACAAACAUCUGCUGAAGCAUUUAUGGUGUAUUAUAGGGUGUUAGAGUAACAGGAAUAGCACAUAAACAUAUCAAAUGAAACUAUUCAUUAUCAAAAUUAGAGCUAGAUCAGAUUAUGAUCUAUGACCACAUACCGAGUAAGAAAAAUACAACUACAUGUUGAAUAAACGGUGCCAGCUGAUCGUAAUAAUCUGUAGGAAAAACAGUAUCCUGUCAAACGUGUAACAUAUAUACAGGAUUAAUCUAAAUCAAGAAUUGGUGGGCAAUUUUCAUUUUGGAAUUCCCAUAGAUUCUCCUUCUCUUUAAAACCUUUUCAGUUCUGUUGAUGUGUUUUGAUUGAGUAAAUAUGUACAGGGUUUUUCUGAUAGUGUAAUAUGAAUUACAGCCAGAAUUAAUUGCAGCCUUUCACAUGCUUUCAAUUCAAAGUCUAUAUAUAACCUGACUUGAUUUUUCAGCACCCUCUAGAGUAAGCAGAAAGAUCCAGCAGCCUUUCUUUUCAUCUUAGCUGAGGUAAUGCCCUCCUCUUUUUGCCAUUUUGUUGGACUUCCUGAUACUCUGAUCCUUUAAAACUAUUAUGGAAGUAUUGACACAUGAUAAAUUAUUAAAUAAAUAUUCAUAUUAUAAAACAGUUCUUUAGAUACUUUCACAUGAAAACCUUACUUCAGAAAAAAAAGCCAAACCAAUUGUUACCUGGCAACCAGGGAUAAUAUUCCUACUGAAGUGUAGAUUUACAUGCCUGUGGCUGAUGCUUUACCAACUGUAACUGCAAAGGAAGUCUCUGGAAGAAGUGCUACAAGGUUUAGCCAGUUCUGUGUUCAUCAAUCUUGCAAGAAAAUCAAGUCAUUGUUUACAUGAGGAUGGGUCAGCUCCUGCUGACUCUCUCACAGAUCCUCCACAGUGCUCUCUACUGUCUCUCUCUUUUUUCUUUAAAAUUUUCUGUCUUUUUACGCUGGUGCUUUAUAUCUUGGAUCCUUGAGUUGCUCCUCAUUCCUCUAUCAAUAAUCUCACUUCUGUCUGCAAUUUUACUUUUAUUAUUUUGCAUAAUUCUCACAAUUUAAUGAGUUUUUCAGUAGUCUGAGCUAAAUACAUGCAGCUCAAGCCUAGCCCUUGGAUCACAGGCAGCUGAGUCCAUAGGAGCUUAAUAACAAAUGAUGAAAGCCCACUGUUGUUCCCCCCUGCCCCCAGCCAUCUCUGAUCUUACACUUCAGCCCAGCACAGCGCUCAGUCCCCAGCUGAGCUCUCCCAGCUAGGUUAUGCCAGUGCUGUGAAAGGCAACACCGUCUCACAGAGCAACCAGUGUUCAUCAAAGUGUAAUUCCAGUGGCCUCUCAGAGCACAUCUGGGCUGCUUUGUUGGGUGUUGCUAAAACACCAGAAUUCAGCUGUGGCAAGGACCCAACAAACAGCAGUACACCAAUAACUCCUAGAGGGAAGCUAAGGUUUAUGGAAGUUAGUUUUCUGUUUCUGUGACAGAAAUUUUGAUUUCAAACAGUGGCAUUAAACUGCCAAGAAAAGGGCACCAUUUCCCUCUCAGUUUACACUGGUAAUUCAUUAUUCAUCAUGCAGAAUUAGAGAGCUUAACUGAAGAUCUCUGAGAGAAGUCUCAAGCAAUACACCAUAGACGUUCGGUAGCUAAGAUGCUGUUGAUUCUUUCCAAGUGAAAUAUAACUCAACCUAAGAAAACAGCAGUUUGACAGACUUUUAUUUUUUUUAAAAAAGCAUAUUAGUUUGUUUGCAAGAACAAUAUAAAAUGAAUUGAACAUGGGCUUGAUGUCUGGAAGCUACACUUGAUACAGAGCUUUUUAUUACUAUCAUUACUAAUGUCGUAAUAUGUUUGCUGCUGCAACCAAAAACUUUGUUAAACAGGUUGGUGAUGGAGGAAGAUUAGUUCCAGUGCCCAGCCUCAGUGAAGCUGACAGAUACCAACCUCUGAGCCUUGUGAUUAAAAAAAGAAAAUGUUCACUUUCAAAAAAAUCUAAAUUUGCUUCAACACCUUUCACAUUAAAAGACAUUCUUCAAGGGGAGAAAGAAAUUUCUGCAGGUGUCUCGUCUUACCAGCUGCUCAACUACGAAGACAAAUCAGAUGUUUCGCUUAAUGGUAAAAGAGGAAAUCAGAUAAUGAACGAUGUUGGUUUUGAUGUUGCUGGAUCAGAUUCUAUUGCCUUUAAAGCUUCAUUUGGCAUAGUGACCAAACAUGAAGUUGAAGUACCAACAUUACUUAAAGAACUUACGACAAGAAAAAUAAACUUUGAUCAUUGUCUAGUCCAUCAAUCAAGAAAAAGUAGGAUGGAAAUUUUGUGUGUGGUCAUGGAAAGUAUUCGAACUACAAGGCAGUGCUCAUUAACUGUCCAUACUGGAACGCGUGGAGAGACAAUGAGGUUUCACAUAAUUGAAGAUCAGAAUUAUAAAGGACGAGACAAAGCCAUUGUUUUUCCUGCACAUACAACUAUUGCUUUUAGUGUAUUUGAACUCUACAUUCAUUUGGACGGUAAUUUUGAACUCUGUGUGACUCCAAUUUCAAAAGGAGGAUUUGAAAGAGAGAAAUCUGGAUCAUCUUCACUGACCAAAUUAAGGAGAUUAAAGAAUAAUCUGUUUCAUCGAAAUAAAGGAGUAGUGGAAAUCAUUGCUAACUCCGAUCCUUACUUGGAGGACCUUUUUGCAGAUUAUUAUGAAAAAGCUGCAAGCAUGACUGAUCUCUCUACAAGCUAUCUCAGAGAUGGUUCUCAUAUCCGAAUUAAUUUACUUAAUAACAACAUCCCCAAAGGCCCCUGUGUCCUUUGUGGAAUGGGAAGUUCUAAAAGGGAGACAGUUUAUGGAUGCCUGGAAUGUUCUUUUAAUGGACAAAAAUACGUACGACUGCAUGCUGUGCCCUGUUUUGACCUCUGGCAUAAGAGAAUGAAGUAACUGAUCUGGGUAAGUGCCUGCUGUCACAGACAUGGGCAUAACUGUGCCACAAACUUUUCAGUUAGUAAAUAUGACUCAAAUUGUGAAAUGAAAAACAGUGAAAGUGCAAAACAUUUUAUUACACUGUUACCUUCAAAUUAUUUGCUUCACAGUCAAUGACCUUCUACUUUAAAAUGCACAUGCAUUCCCCAACAUUGCUGUUUUUCCUAGAACCUUCUCAUUAUCAUGAUAAUGAAAAACAUACUUUUAAAUAGUAUUUUCAUAAUGUCAAAAUAUAUGCUAGAACUUAAAAGUUGUUUACACAAACUUGUUGUUAAACCCCCAAAAUGUUGCCUUUCUCUACGCUGGCAUAUGAUGGUUAAAUGAGAAUAUUUGUUAAUAAUUUAGUGUCCUCAUGAAUGUUUAACUGAAGUAUCGGAUUAAAAAACAUGCUAAAAGUUAGCUCAGUCUAGUGUUUCAGUUACAGAAGGGAACAACUGAAACUAUGGAUGGGAAUUUCAUAUUAGGGUGCUGUUGCUGUAUAUCACGUUUGUUUAGAUUAUUAAAAAGUACCAGCCAGUCCAGCUGCUGUGGCUGGAUUUUAUGUCACAGCUGCUCUUCACUUUCUUUUAUGUGCUCAGAAAAAAACUGCUAAGCAGAAAAUGUUUUGGAAGCUUAUGAAAAUAAUGGAACUGCACACUCUAACAAGACUUCUGGGGUGAAGAACUUUUACAAGUACAUCCCAGCCUCAGGAAACCGAGUUUUGUUGAGGACUGGAACACCAGAGAGCUGUGUCCAGGGCUGGGACUGGGUGUGCUGCAGGGCAGGGCACUGUUAAACCUCUCACCACACUGUUUUACACCAGCAAAGCAAAAACCCUUUUUAUACCUUUUAAAAUUAUUUCAAGGAUAACCCAGGUAUGGAAGCUUUUUUCACUUGUGCUGCCACUUUCACUGUGUACAUCUGAUUAUUACAUGUUGAAAUGAAUACAGCCAUUGCUUUUCAUGUGGGAAGAGUGAAGUAUGUUUCACAAGUGUUACAAUGCGUUCUGCACAGGCAGAACAGUUAACAGAUAUAAGUCCCGUCUGUUAAUUAUUGCUACUUCUUCUUAUUUUUCCAGUGAGGAAAACCAGAAUGAUGACCAAGUAAUUAAUUACUUAUGUUUAUAUAUAGUAUUUCCCAUCAUCUUUGACCUCAUUCAAUUAAAUGAUGAUAGUGUAGAUUUUUAACCUGGUGCUGCUGAAUAAACUGGCUAACUUGA